AUGAACGGCAUCGUCCUCGACCAAUCCGCCGAGGUCAUAAACGCCAGCAAUACCGGUUCCACGGAGUGGGCUCAAUCCAGGAUGGACGGGACCCAGGACCUAAUCGACGAACGGCAAGUCGCCUUGUUCGACGUCUUCGACCAGCUGUCCCGGCUCGGCGGCACUGAACGCCUCGAGCCACCUCAGUUGGUUGUGGUCGGCGACCAGAGCUGCGGGAAGAGCUCUGUUCUCGAAGCCAUUGGACGUUUUCACUUUCCCGUCCAUGCCGGGCUCUGCACUCGCUUUCCAACGAAGCUCAUCAUGCGGCGCGCCGUCACGGAACGGACCGAGCUGUCGAUCGAGCCCGGCAAGUCGCGCUCUGACGCCGACCGGACAAGGUUGCUUCAGUUCCACGAGCGGCUCUCAAGCUCGGACGGGUUUGCCGAGUUGAUGAUAAAGGCAUCCCGCGAGCUGGGAGUGCUGCCGUCACCUACGGGUGGGGGUGUCUCCGGAGGCUUUACCGACGACGUCUUGGUCGUCAAGAAACAGGGACCGAACCUGCCGCUGGUCAACCUCAUCGACCUACCCGGUAUCUUCCGGGUGGCGAGCAACGAACAGGGCGAGGAGGGCAGGGAAACAGUGGAGAUGCUUGCAAAGGAGCACGUAAAGAACAAGCGAAAUCUGGUCUUGCUCGUGGUUAACGCCGGGGGCAGCUUGCACGGCCAGCUCGCACCCGGGUUCAUUCAAGACAUUGCCAAGAGCGACCCGGGUCUUGCGGGCCGGGUGAUAGGGGUGAUUACGAACCCCGACCGCGUCCAGUUUCACGAGGAAUAUGUGAGGAUCUUGAACGGGUCUCUUACCUCAUCUGGCUUGAAGAUCUUGCGAUGGCACGUGGUCAAGAACCAGGAUAAAGACAAGCGGGCCGAGACUUUGGAGCAAAGAGAUGCCGGGGAGGCGGAGUUCUUCCGCAACGAACCGGACUGGCGGGGCGUGCCGGAUUCUCAGAGGGGCAUCAGUGCACUCAAGGCAACCAUCAAAGAGGGAUUCUGGCUCCAUACAAAAACCUCUCUUCCUAGCCUUAUCUCUGAGGUCGAGACCAGAAUCGGGCGAGCCAAUGCCCGAGUAGUGGCCCACGGCGAGGGGAGAAACACGGAUCGGGCUCGUCUGCAAUAUCUCCACGCCAUCGCCAAGGCUUUUGAGACAUAUAUGCAGCAGGCGUGCCUGGGGAUCUACCAAAAUAACUGUAAGGAGCCGCACAGGGUCGGUGAGACUUGCGAAAAACACUUCUUCCCAGCAUAUGGGAGUGAGGCGAGCGAGGCCGGAGACAGAAACCUGCGUGCCACGGUUAGGGCCCUCAAUAGGACCUUUGCGUCCACAAUGGGCAAGUAUGGGAAGACUACGGUGAUUAUGGGAGAAGGGGACGAAUCCGACGCAGAAGACUCGGAUGACAGCGGCGACGGCGAAGAUGGGGAGGAAGCCACGGCCGGCGGUGGCCAGGGCGAGAAUGAAGGCAAUGACGGCGGGGGCGGUGCCGCCCGAGACGAGUCCCGAGACGGCUCCGAGGCAGAUGGCCCGUCCAGCAAGGGCAGCGAGGCAGAGGUUGCGGAAACGUUUCCGACCCAAGCUAUCUUGGAGCAGUAUUACACGCCCGCCGUACCAGAUGCUGUUGAGCGCGGCGCGUUCGAAAUAUGGGUGGCGACGCAAAGUGUCUACUGGGGGGGGCGCGGUCCCAGCGGCGCGGCAAGUGAGACGUCGUACCACGGCCUCUUUGAGCACCAGUCUAGCAAGUGGGGGGCGAUUUCCGAGCAGCACCUCGCGGCGGUUUGGAGGUUUGUCGACGAGUUUAUCCAGGUUGCCCUCGCCGCCGCCUGUCCUAACGAGCAUGUCCGUCUGGCCUUGCGCGCCCACAUCGUCGACCCAAAACUCAAAUUGCUGAAAAUGACGGCGGCUUGCACCCUGAAAAACGUUCUUCAAUGUCAUGCGAGGGGCAAUACUGGAUUUUACGACGGCUUCCUUGAUGCUCACCAUAUACGGCAACAGUCAGCCACCGUCUCACGUGGUCUACGUCCAGUUUUUCAAUCGUUGAACAUGUGGUUGGCGGAGAAUCUGGUGCCUUUGGGUGGCCUCAACGCCUCGGAUAUUUCGCGCAAAGUACUAGAUAAGUUUGCGGGCUUGGUAAGCCAGCAUUUGGUCGUGUCGCUGACCGCCGGACUUAUUCGACCAGACCUGCUUCGUGGCGUUGAGGCUGCGAGCCGCUUAUUCGACAAGCUGACCGAGAGGGUGGCUCACGGUAUUGAAACAGGGGACGGAGCCAAAACCCAGCGCGUUUUGAAGAUGAACUUACAACAUGCGGCAAGCUUGAUCCUCAACGUUGACAUGUACUACGAGACGAGUAUGAUGGCGUUUGUCGGCUACGUCAAUGCCCUCGUAGUCGAAAAUGGCAUCCUGAACGAGCUGCCGAGCGCCAUCCUCACGCAGGCCCACAUUGUCGAGGCAGAAGCGUCACUGCUCGAGAAGAUCGCGGGGGAGAGGCCGUCGGAUGCCAUGCAGCGUGAAAAGGACAAGGGCGAGCUGGCGGCGCUGAAGGAGGCGCUGAAAACUCUGAACUCAUACAACGACGGAUACGUAGGCUGA